AUGUCUGGAAAGCGCGGUCGAGGUUCUACCUCCGGUAACAAGCUCAAGAUGACUCUUGGUCUGCCAGUCGGCGCCGUCAUGAACUGCUGCGACAACUCCGGUGCCCGCAACCUGUACAUCAUCUCCGUCAAGGGUAUCGGUGCGCGUCUUAACCGCCUGCCCGCUGGUGGUGCCGGUGACAUGGUCAUGGCGACCGUCAAGAAGGGAAAGCCCGAGCUGAGGAAGAAGGUCAUGCCCGCCGUCAUUGUCCGCCAGAGCAAGCCAUGGAGGCGAGCAGACGGUAUCUACCUGUACUUCGAGGACAACGCCGGUGUCAUUGUCAACCCCAAGGGUGAAAUGAAGGGCUCCGCCAUCACUGGACCCGUCGCAAAGGAGGCCGCUGAGCUGUGGCCGCGUAUCGCCUCCAACUCCGGUGUCGUCAUGUGA